AUGGGGUUUUGGGAGGGAGUCAAUGGCCAUGGGUCUUCACAGUUUAAGAUGGAAGUUGGAGUGUACACAGCAAUCAAGGAUCUUAACAUCAAAUCAAAAGAGGUUACUAUUAAGGCCCGUGUAACAAACAUAUGGGAGAAUAUUAACAUCAAAACAAAAGAAUAUUAUGGACUGUAUAUCAUCCUCUUGGAUGAAUCUGACACUUUAAUUCAGGGAAGUAUUCAUGUUAACGAAAUGUCUAGAUUCCAUCCUAUGUUGGAAGAAGGCAGCAUUCAUGUUCUAUCAAAGUUUCGAGUCAUUCAUUCAUUUGGUACCUACAGAGCUACAAGGAACAAGUUUAUGAUAAGUUUCUGCAGGCAGACUCAAAUCCGUAUCUUGCAAGAUUAUGAAAUUUUAAUUCCAAAGUACAAAUUCCACUACACAGCAUUCAGUGACUUGCCUUCACUCAGCACAAAUAAAACUUACUUGACAGAUAUCGUUGGAAUUGUAAAGGAAAUAUACCCAUUAGAACUAACUGCAAAUGGACAAAAGAGUUGUCCUAGAAGAUCACUGAAGUUGAUAGAUGAAAGCAAUGCUGAACUCAAAGCUACAUUGUGGAACAAAUUAGCUGUUGAAUUGGAAAGCAAACUUCAAAAUCAAGACCCGAACAAUAUGGUCAUGAUUGUCACUGGUGUUGUCAUAAAUACUUUCAGAGGUCAAUUCUCAGCAUCAGCAAGUACAGGUUCAAAAGUUUACAUAAACAUUGAAGACUCACGUGUGUUGGAACUAUCACAUAGGUAA